GAUUCCUUGUAUUUCGAGUUCUGUAAUGAAGGGAUACAAUAUCAGAAAAUGAGAGUCAAGACUCAUAAGCGUCAUUAGUGGAUCUAAUUUGCUUUCAGAUUUCCCAUCUUCCAAAAAAAAAUAAGACAGCAAGCAAUUUUUAAGGUGUUGGAACUCCCACAAAAUUAAAUAGAUGUACAGACAGAUCAAGAAAUGAAACGACGCAACUGAAAAACCAAAAAACUACUACUAGUUGAGGAGAAAAACAGAGCAAGUAAGUGAGUGAGUGAGGGUUGAGAUGAGGAAUAUCAUCAAACCCUUUUCUACUUCUUCAUCACCAUCUUAUGUUCAAAAUCAUAUAUCUUGGUCGUUGGUUCAAACAAUUAUUGGAAUUGGAUCUCUAAUUGUUUUAGCUCCUCUGUUCUUUUGUGUCUCAACUAAUCAAUGCAUAUAUCACCAAAAGAUGGCUCUUCUCCAUCAUGAUCAAGUCCAUGAUUAUAAUGGUGAUAAGCAAUCAAAAGUGACGUCAUCACCACCAUUAUCAUCAAUUCUUAGACCUUUCAAUGGAGCUUCUAGUGAUCAUUACUAUUAUCCAUUAAACUUAAUAAAGAAGAACCAACAAACGGGAGAUUAUUACGAUGAGAAACUAAAGAAGAUAGAAUCGGAACUUGGCAGCGUCAGAGUUUUCUUAAAAGAAAUUGCUGCUGUUUCUAUUCAUCAGAAUUCAUCUACAACACAUGAAGAUAUUAAUUCCGGUGACGGUCCAGAUUAUUACAUCCCAAAUGGUCAAAUUUAUAGGAAUCCUUACUUAUUUCAUCGGAGUUACCAAUUGAUGGAGAAAAUGUUUAAAAUAUUUGUAUACGAAGAAGGAGAACCUCCACUGUUCCAUGAUGGACCUUGUAAGAACAUAUACUCUACAGAAGGGAUGUUUAUUAACACGUUGGAGAUGGAUGCAAAAUUUCGAACAAGAGAUCCAGAUGAAGCUCAUGUUUUUUUCCUCCCUUUCAGUGUUGUUAAGAUUCUUACGUAUCUUUUUCAUCCCAAGGUUCGUGACAAAGCUGUCCUAGGAAGAACAAUUGGCGACUACAUCCGUAUCAUCUCCCAAAAAUAUCCUUACUGGAACAGAACUUUGGGAGCUGACCAUUUUAUGCUUUCUUGCCAUGAUUGGGGACCUCGAGCAACAUGGUACGUGCCUCAGUUGUAUUACAACUCCAUCCGUGUAUUAUGCAAUGCAAAUACAAGUGAAUACUUUAAUCCUAAGAAGGAUGCAUCAUUUCCUGAAAUCAAUAUCAGGACAGAUAGCAUAACUGGUCUUUUGGGUGGUCCACCGCCAUCAGAACGUACUAUCCUAGCGUUCUUUGCUGGAGGAAUCCAUGGUUUUCUGAGAAGACCUCUUUUGAAGCACUGGAAAGAAAAAGAUGAGGAUUUACGUAUUUACGAAAAACUUCCUGAAAACAUAUCGUACGAAGAAAUGAUGCACAAGAGCAAGUACUGCAUCUGCCCGAGCGGUUACGAAGUGGCAAGCCCUAGAAUAGUUGAGGCGAUAUACGCUGAAUGCGUUCCAGUAUUGAUUUCUCAACAUUAUAUCCUCCCAUUUAGUGACGUUCUUAAUUGGACUUCUUUUUCAGUUCAGAUUUCAGUAAGUGAAAUUCCAAAUUUGAAGAGAAUUCUAAUGGAUAUUCCGUAUGAUAGAUAUGUUAGAAUGCAGGAGAGAGUGAAACAAGUACAGCGGCAUUUUGUCAUGAACGAUCCACCGAAGCGGUAUGAUGUGUUUCAUAUGAUCGUUCAUUCAGUUUGGCUUAGAAGGUUGAAUGCUCAGAUGCUAUAGUGGUUGAUUAGUCUUUUUACAAGUUUUGACACAGUAUACAGAAAUUAUAAUAUACAUUUAAGUUUGUAUUCAUAGAGAAGGCAAAGUUGUAUUAGUAGAAGAGUGUUACCACAUUUACAAGGGAUUAUACAUCAAAACUUAAAUUUCGGCAUAGCUCAAGUAUAAUGCUCUUACAAUCA